UAUGGUCCUUAUGGGGUGUUUAUGGGGUCGCUACAGAUCGGGAUCGACCCCCCCCGCGGUGUCCUGAUGUACGGCCCCCCCGGCUGCGGGAAAACCAUGUUGGCCAAGGCUGUGGCGCAUCACACCACAGCGGCCUUUAUCCGGGUGGUGGGCUCGGAGUUUGUGCAGAAGUAUUUGGGGGAGGGUCCCCGCAUGGUGCGCGACGUUUUCCGCCUGGCCAAGGAGAACGCGCCCGCCAUCAUCUUCAUCGACGAGAUCGACUCCAUCGCCACCAAGCGCUUCGACGCACAGACAGGAGCUGACCGGGAGGUGCAGCGCAUCCUGCUGGAGCUGCUCAACCAGAUGGACGGCUUCGACCAGAACGUCAAUGUCAAGGUGAUCAUGGCCACCAACCGCGCGGACACGCUGGAUCCGGCCCAGCUGCGUCCGGGUCGUUUGGAUCGUAAAAUCGAAUUCCCGUUACCCGACAGACGCCAAAAACGGCUCAUUUUCCUCCACCUCACCGCCAAAAUGAACCUGUCCGAGGAGGUGGAUCUCGAGGACUAUGUGCCCGACCCGAAUAAGAUUUCGGGAGCCGACAUCAACUCCAUCUGCCAGGAGGGCGGGAUGCUGGCGGUGCGCGAGAACCGUUACAUCGUGUUGGCCAAGGACUUUGAGAAGGCCUAUAAGAGCGUCAUCAGGAAGGACGAGCAGGAGCACGAGUUCUACAAGUGAUCUAUGGGGUGAUAUGGGGCACUAUGGGGUGAUAUGGGGUGAUAUGGGGCCCUAUAGGGUGAGAAGGCCUACAAGAGCGUCAUCAGGAAGGACGAGAGGAGCACGAGUUCUACAAGUGAAUCUAUGGGCGCUAUGGGGUGAUAUGGGGCACUAUAGGCUCUAUGGGGCGAUAUGGGACUCUAUGGGACUCUAUGGGUAAUACAGAGCAAUGAG